AUAUAACAAAUAAUGGUAUCUUCUGUUACUGAACAUCAACCUGGGGAACAAAUUCUUUUUACAGCACCUUUAUCUAUUAAUCAAGAUGACUUUAUCAAGGUGAAAACAUCAACACAACAAAAUAUUGGCUCGACUGGUUCGGUUGCCUUUGAAGCACUUGAAAGAGUAGUCGAUGCUCCUCUUAAGAAUUCAAGUUAUAACAAGAUCUAUUCAAAUACUUUCUCACCAUCAGUAUCAGUACAUUCACCUGACAUGAUCUCUUGUUAUUUACGAAUCUUAGCAGCUGGUGGUCACUUGGCAUUAGACGAACCUGUUUUAUUACAAGAUCUCAGCAAUACUGUAUCACCUAUUAGUCGUAAAGAACAAGAUCUUGUGUCCAUGUUAAAACUAGCUGGUUUCAUUAAUAUUCAAUCAACAUGUGCACCUGUAUCAGAUGAUCAACUUGUCAAGUUUUUCCAACUAUGGGGUGGUAAUGCGUCUCGAGUGGAACAAGGUGUGAAUCGAUUAUCUGGCAAGUUUGGUGUGGUUCAUAUAUUAGCACAAAAACCCAAUUAUGAAGUAGGACAAAAAAUCAAAUUAAAUUUUGGUAACAAGAACAAGAAACCAUCUGUAUGGACAAUCAAUACCAAUGAUGAUGAUGAUGAUGAUAUGGAAGAUGAUGAAGCAUUAUUAGAUGAAGAAGACAAGAUUAAACCUUCCAAGGCAUCUUUAAUACGACCUGAUGAUUGUGAAAUGGAUGGUGCUGGACGAAGAAAAGCUUGUAAGAAUUGUGUAUGUGGUCGUGCAGAAGCUGAAAAUGCUGGUGUGGUCUCAUUGGAUUUGACAGAUGAUAUCAUGGAUGAUGAAGUGAUCGAAGUAGAUCCUACUCCAAAGAAAGUAGGUGGUUGUGGUAGUUGUGCUUUAGGUGAUGCAUUCCGAUGUUCUACUUGUCCUUAUCUUGGUAUGCCUGCUUUUAAUGAAGGAGAAAAGGUUUCAUUAGGUGGUAUGUUUGGUCAAGAUGAUAUUUAGAUUUUUAAUAUUCAAAAUUUACAAUGGAACAAGGUCAUGAUUUGAAAUGUUGGACGGUGUUUGAUUCUGGCUAUUCCCUCAUUUGUCUUCAUUGGCUGACAAAGAAAAAAUACAAAUUAUUUUUUUUUUUUUUUUGGUUGGUUUCUCCCUUUUUUUUUUAAUAAAGUCAAAAUCUCUUUCUUUUUUUUUU